AAAAUAUUACAGAAAUAAUAAUUAAUGAACAUUAACAAUGAACACUUUUGUUGGAAAUUUUGUUUCAUAUUGCAAGAAUUUGAAAACAAAAACGAUAUCGUUCAAAUGUUUCAAGUUAAAUCGUAAAUGUAACGUCAUGAACAAGAUGUCAAAUUUUUUUUAAUCACAGCUUUUAACUGGACAAUUCUCCGUUGAAUCGAGAUGAAAAACACAAUUAUCGUCAAAAUAAAAUCAUUUAAUAUUGUGCUAAUCUUUAUCGUUGAUUUAUUAUUAGCGAUUAAUAGUCAAAAUAUUUUAGAAAAAAUUAACUGUGAUUUUAAUGAUGCUACCCUUUGUAAUUGGAUUCUAAAUAACAAUAAUGGCAUUGCUCAAUUUCAACCAAUGUUCAAUCAUACAGAUCUGUUUUUUGAUGAUUAUGAAAAAAAUAAUCAAGAAAAAAUACUUGUCGUUCGUCCUAAUCCACAAACGGAUAUCGUAUCGAUUAAAAGUCCAACACUGUAUUCAAGCGAUUAUGAUUAUGAAUUCAGUUUUCAAGUUAAUAUGAAUUUUUUUGGCUUCAUACAAAUUGUCAUUCGUCAAGAACAAAUUGAAUCACAAAUCUUAAAGAUCAAAGGAGAUCGGGAUCAAAAAUGGAAAACAUAUUCUGUAGGCAUGCCUAGAUAUCACAAGAUGAACAUUUUGCUGGAAAUUAAAUUUUUGACCAUUAAUUCAGAUUCGGAUUAUAUCGCUUUAAAUUAUGUGAAAAUUAUUGACAAACAACGAAAAAGUGAGACAAGCGACUGUGAAUAUCAAUGCCAUGAUAGCAAUUAUUGCCUAUCCAAUCAAAGCAUUUGCAACAUAUUCAAAGAUUGUCCGUUUGGAGAUGAUGAACAACAAAAUUGCGAUCUUCUACCUCCCGGAAGCUAUUGUAAUUUUGAUCAUGAUUUUUGCUCUUGGUUCAACUAUGAUGAACCGAAUUCAAGUGGUCAAUGGAUACAUUUAGCAAAUGGAUCCGAUUCUGGAUCAUUGGGUGUCGUAUUCAAAGGAGUUCAUAAAUUUGCUUUGAUUUCAUAUCUUAAAAGUCCAUUGUUCGAUUCGAUUCCUUUAUAUCAUUCCAUAACCUCCUCAAAUUAUUUUAACAGUUGCAAGAUUCACUUUUCUUAUAUUUUUCAUACUAUAUCGAUUGAUUUAGCUCUGGAGCUUGAGCCAUACGUUGAUAAUAAUGAUAAACAUAAACCGAUUCAAUUAUGGCGUUUUUUCAACAACAAAUUAUCAUCAAAAUGGGCAAAUGUUACUGUAACAUUACCGGCAAAUUUUCAUCAUAGGUAUCGUCUUAAAUUUGGAGUUGCAUUAGGAUUGAAAAGUACCAGUACAUUUGGACAAAAAGUUUACGUAGCCAUUGAUAAUUUUAGCUUAACUAAAUCAUGUUUCGGAAUCGAUGUUCCGGAGAAUGAACGACGCAUUCCAUUGUUCAUUCCAGGAAAAGAACAGGAUGACACGGAAAAAUUUUUCUCAAUUCCAAGAAAUAAAUCAAUCACUGCUUUUACCUUUACCUCAUGUGGUGCUACAGGAAACUUAGGUCCAACCUAUACACAAUGUGAAUUGUUUUAUUUAAAUUCUUCAACUCGUGCCGCUGUGUUUGAAAAAAAUAAAAAUCUUAAUCUCAAUUUGAACAUAAAUGGAACACAAAUGUGGAUUGUACCAAAAACUGGAUAUUAUACAAUCAUUGCCAAAGGAGGAAAUGGAGGUCGCGGCUUAUAUGAUCAUCCAGGGGGACUAGGAUCUCUGGUGCGAGCUAUAUUUCAUUUCCAAGAAGGUGAUACAAUUUUUCUUGUCAUUGGUCAUUCGGGUAGCAAUGUUUGUUCAGAAUUCACAAACAAUUUCGAUCAAUGUAAAUAUCCCGGCAAAAAUUCUAAAAUAUCCAUUGGCGGUGGUGGUGGUGGUGCUACAUAUAUUUUUAAACUCAAUCCUAAUUCCAAUUUAAAUGACAAAUGGGAACCAUUGUUGAUAGCUGGUGGAGGAGGUGGUGGUAAUGGCAAGUUCAAUCCAAAUUUCAAAUUAUCAUCUGCUCAACAUGGUAGGGGAUUUGAUAUUUACAAUUUGGGAUAUGAGGGAACUGGAGAUGGAGCCGGUGGUGGAUGGAAUACUUCCACAAUUAUUCAAAACAAUCAAACUGGCCAAUCAUUAUUGUAUGGUGCUGUAGGUGGAAUUCCUUGCCCUAGAUUAUCAAAAUGGCGAGUAACUGGUGGUUUCGGUGGUGGUGGUGGUAGUUCUUGUCAAUUUGCAGGUGGUGGUGGUGGUGGGUUUAACGGUGGAAAUGUGAACAAACCAUACGAUGCCGGUGAUGGUGGAACAUCAUACGUUGCAUUCAAUCAAUCAUUUUUGCAAUCGUUUAGUAAUCCAAACAUGUUAUCAUUGUCUGAACAAGAAGAAAUUCCUGCGAAUGGUUUUGCCAUGAUCAUCCCACAAAUCGAUAAUUGCUGCAAUGAUGGCCAAUUUUCAUGUCUAAUAACAGGCGAAUUUCAGAAUAUUACAAACAAAUAUUGUAUCUGUGGUCACGAAAAAUUUAUACCUGAUUCCUGUGUCUAUGAACCACCAAGAUAUGAGUUAAUUCUUUGGGCUGCAUUAUUUAUCAUUUCUGUCGCUCUUAUAUUAAUAACAUUUAUUUUGAUAGUGUUUCAGAGACGAAACUCAAAAAAGAAACAACAACCAACUGAACCGAGUGACAUGUAUCUUUUAUCAAAUAGCGAUUCAACUGAUUUACAAUUAAGUCGUCUAAGAAGCCAUAAUAUUAUUACGGAAUACAAUCCAAACUAUGAAUUCGGUGGAUCCACAUGUACACUGGGUGAUCUACGCGAAAUUCAAAGAGAAAAACUUAAUCUUGUCAAAGCUUUAGGCCAAGGAGCAUUUGGCGAAGUAUAUCAAGGAUUUCUUCAUAAUAUGCCUGAUGAAACCAACGAUGAACUACCCGUUGCCGUGAAAACGUUGCCUGAAUACUCAGCCAAUAAACAAGCAGAAAUGGAUUUUCUCAUGGAAGCGUUGAUCAUGUCGAAAUUCCAUCAUAGAAAUAUCGUUAGAUUUAUUGGAAUUUGUUUUGAAAAGAUGCCUCGUUUUAUCAUUCUGGAAUUGUUAUCUGGAGGAGAUUUGAGAACAUUUUUGCGUGAAAACCGAAGUGUUGCAGAGAAACCAUCAACACUAGUUAUGGGCGAUCUACUUGUGAUGGCUUUAGACGUUGCUUGUGGGUGUCAAUAUUUAGAAGCAAAUCAUUUCAUUCAUAGGGAUAUUGCAGCACGAAAUUGUCUACUUACUUCAAAAAUCAAAAUGAAUCUUAAUGGAAAUACAAAUCAAACAUUCAAUAGUAAUGGCAAUUUUGAUCUAAACAAUUACAAAAAUGGAUUCAACAAUAGUGGAAUCGUUGUGAAAAUUGCCGAUUUUGGAAUGGCAAGAGAUAUUUAUCGAGCAAAUUACUACAGGAAAGGUGGUAAGGCAAUGCUACCAGUGAAAUGGAUGCCACCCGAAGCUUUUUUGGAUGGAAUAUUUACAUCGAAAACUGACGUAUGGAGUUUUGGUGUUCUUUUAUGGGAAGUGAUGUCAAUGGGAUACUUGCCUUAUCCAGGAAGAGGAAAUCAAGAAGUGAUGCAAUUAGUGACAGCUGGUGGACGUUUAGAAUGUCCGAAUUCGUUGACUCCACCUCUUGUUUAUGAUAUAAUGAUGCAAUGCUGGAACGCUAGCCCUGAACUCCGUCCUAAUUUCACGACAAUAAUCGAUAGCAUUGGUAAUUGUUUACGAGAUCCAAAUAUUCUCAAUGUUCCAUUGCCCAUAUUCCAUCGUUCAGCAUCAAUGGAAAAAGAUACCACUUUGAUGAGACCACCACCUGAUGCAACUGAUUAUCUAAUACCAAAUAAUUUUGGUUCACAAACCAACUCUAAUUAUAGCGUUGCAACGGAAAAAACCGAAUUAUUAUCACCUGAUACUUGUUCGACAUUAAGCUGUAAUAACGAUGAUCAUAACAAAAAUUUCGAUACAAUUGAUAGCCACAAUCAUGUUCAUCAUGAUUCAACUUCAAUAUUAAAUCCAAAUUCAUCUUAUAAUUUUGAUUACUUAAAUCAACGAAAUCCAUAUAAUUCGGAAAUCAUUUUGGAUCCAAACAGAUUUAACAAUCAAAAUCCAUCAGUUAGAUAUGUAAAUGUAAAUGUUAAUAAUUCUAUGGUACAAAAUAAGAAUAUUUGACAUCAUCAUCAUCAUCAUCAACAACAUGAAUCAUUCGGCAUGAUUUGAAAACGAAAAAUCAAAAAAAAAAUUAAUUUUAUUAUUGGAAAAAAAAUUCGUUUAUUCUUGCUAAUCUAUAUAAAUUUAACAUUUCGAUUUUUUUUUGUUUGAAAGUUAAUUUUCAACCGAAUAGAAUGGAGAGCAAAAUUUUAUGUCGAAUGUAUAUAUGAAUAAAAUAAAAUUCGUAUAAUUUAUUCAUUUA